AUGUUUUUAAAUUAUAACCUUUUAUUGUUAUUAAUAUUAAAAAUCAUAAUUUGGGAUUCAAAAAAGAGUGAUUCUUUUAUUUUAAAAAACAAAGAUGGGCCUGUAAUUAGCUUAGUAGAUAGUAAAAACAAAAAGAAUAACAAUAGAAGAAAGUUAGUAAAAGAUACAAAUAGCAGGUAUGAAGUAAAAGAUCAGAUUAUUACAUCAAAUGAAAAUGAAAAUUAUAUAAAAAAGAAGUUGAAGGAAUUUGAAAAAUAUAGAAUUGAAAAAUACAGCUCUAAAUACACUUUUUUUUUUCCAGGACAAGGAGAACAAUAUAUUUCUAUGGGUAUGAGUUCUUAUGAUAGUUGUAAACACGCAAAAGAAAUAUAUGAUUGUGCAAGUAAAGUAUUAGGAUAUAAUUUAGUGGAAGUAAUAAAAAAUGGACCAAUUGAAAAAUUAAAAGAUUCCGAAAUAGCACAACCAUCUAUAUAUACAGUAUCAAUUGCUGCUUACGAAAAAUUAAAAUGUGAAAAUAAAAUAGAAGCUGAAAAAUUAAACUUAUGUAUGGGUUAUUCAUUGGGAGAAUAUUCAGCCUUAACAUGUGCAAAUUCAUUGCCUUUUGAAGAAGGUGUUUAUUUAACAAAAGAAAGAGGAAAAGCGAUGCAAAAUUCUGCUAAAUUGCAUGAGAUGACAACUAUUGCUAUUGUAGGUCUAACUUUAGAUACUAUUUACAAAUUAAUAGAAGAUGUUAAUAAAGAAAUGAAAGAUGACGUUUUUAUUGUUAGUUAUAUGACCGAUAAAAAAUUUGGUUUGUGUGGUAAACCUGCUAGUAUGGAAUAUCUAAAUAAAUUAGCAAAAGAAAAAUAUAAAGCAGUUUUUACGAAAAAACUGCAAAUAUCUGGUGCGUUUCACUCUUCUUACAUGUUUCCAGCUAAAGAAUCUUUAGAAAAAGUUUUAAAACAAACUAACUUCAAAAAGUUAAGUGUCCCUGUUAUAUCAAAUGUUGAUGGCUGUGCUUAUGAUGAUCCAUUUAUAAUAAAAGAAUUAUUACUUUUACAAUUAACUAGUCCUAUUAAAAUAAACUUAUGUUUACAGAAUAUCUUAAAAAAUGGAUAUGAAAGCGGAUAUGAAUUAGGACCUGGAAGUAUUAACACAAAUCUUUUAAGAGAUAUAUCAAAAAAAACAAAAACAGUUAUACCUUACAUAUAA